GGAUCAUUAUUGCUGCUGGCAACAUCAUGGAGAAGCUUGGGACGACGAUUGGCUCGUGGAGCGGCAAGGACGUGCUCUCGACGGAGCAGCUUUAUGCGGCGAACGUUCGAUACCUCUUCCAGGUUGCGGACCACAUGAAGGACAUGGUGGCCCGCCAAGGCGGCGACGAUACGCUCAAGGGCAAGGUCAUGGCCAAUGUCUUCUUUGAGCCGUCGACGCGCACGAGCUGCUCGUUCCAGGCCGCCAUGCUGCGCUUGGGCGGCGCCGUCGUCUGCGUGAACGAGAGCUCGUCGAGCAGCCAAAAGGGCGAGACCCUCUCGGACACGAUGCGCUGCCUCGAGUGCUAUGCGGAUGUGACCGUGUUGCGCCAUCCCGUCAAGGGUGCUGCUGCGACUGCGGCGGCGGCGAGCCGCAAGCCCGUGCUCAAUGCUGGCGACGGUGUCGGUGAGCACCCGACGCAAGCACUCUUGGACCUCUACACGAUCUACAAGGAGGCCAAGCUCUCGGAGAUGAACUUGACGGGCAAGGUCAUCACGAUGGUGGGCGACCUCAAGAACGGCCGCACGGUGCACUCGCUCGCGAAGCUCCUCGCGCACUUUAACGUCACGCUCAACUAUGUGUCGCCGGAGUCGCUCAAGAUGCCGCAGUACAUUGUCGACGGGCUCAACGCCGUUGGAGUCAAGCAGCACGAGACCACCGACUUGGACUCGGUCCUCGCGGCCAGCGACGUCUUGUACAUCACGCGCGUCCAGAAGGAGCGCUUCGAGACGGCGGCCGAGUACGACGCUGUCAAGGACAGCUUUAUCAUCACGCCCGCGACGCUCACCAAGGCCAAGGCGACGAUGAUCCUCAUGCACCCGUUGCCGCGCGUCAACGAAAUCGCCGUCGAAGUCGACGCCGACCCGCGCGCCGCCUACUUUCGCCAAAUGGAGUACGGCAUGUACGUGCGCAUGGCGAUCCUCGCGCUCGUGCUCGGCAAGGCCUAAGCCGAUUGCAAUAUACCGUCGUCUUCCUUCGUCUGCAUC